UAUGACUUUGCAAGUGGAGUUAUAUUUGCAUGUCUCAUUCUUGUUGGAUACAAAACUACGAUUCUGGCGUCCCGAAUGAUCAAAACGAAGACGAUGAAAGCUCCGAACGUUGAGACGUACAUAAAGAAAUACGGAUCACUAGCUCCAAAGAGAUACCAAUGUUCUGAUAUCAAGAAAAUAACCAACUCGUUCGUGGAGAAACUCGGUGAAGGCGGGUUCUGCAGUGUCUACAAAGGUAAGCUCGAAGACGGUCGUCUCGUUGCGGUCAAGGUUCUUAAAACCGACGUUAGUAAAGGAAAUGGGGAAGAAUUCCUAAAUGAGGUUAUCAGCAUUAGCAGAACAUCCCAUGUUAAUAUUGUCUCCCUUAUCGGAUAUUGUUAUGCCACGGACAAGCAUGCUCUGCUGUUUGAGUUUAUGCCCAAUGGUUCCCUGGAAAAGUUCAUACACAAUGAAAGCAUUUCUACUGCAGGGCGCCUUGCGUGGGACAAAUUGCUCGAAAUCACAGUAGGAAUAGCUCGAGGCCUUGAGUAUCUCCAUCGAGGCUGCAGCACAAGGAUUUUACAUCUCGACAUAAAACCUCACAAUGUACUUUUAGAAGAAAACUUUUGCCCCAAGAUCUCUGAUUUCGGUCUUUCGAAACUGUGUCCUAAAGGGAGCGUUAUAACUAUGUCCCGUGCUCAAGGGACGUUCGGAUAUAUUGCCCCGGAACUGUUUAGUAGGGAAUUCGGGAGAGUUUCACACAAGGCGGAUGUUUAUAGUUUCGGAAUGAUGGUUCUAGAGAUGGUGGGAGGAAGAAAGAAUAUAGAUGAAUCUGCAGUCGAUAGUAGUGAGAUAUAUUAUCCACAUUGGGUACACGACCGUCUCCGGAAAGACAACAGCCUAGGAUUGCAUGGUAUAAUUACGAGCCGAGACAACGAAAUCUCAAAGAAGAUGGUAAUAAUAGGGCUGUGGUGCAUACAAACCUACCCGGUACACAGGCCAUCAAUGAAUGAUGUUCUGUUUAUGCUGGAAGGUAGUUUAGAUGCCUUCAUAUAUACCCCUUCAAGAACUCCUUUAGACCUUUAG